AUGAGGAGAUCUAGUCACGUGGGAGUUCCAUUAAAGGAUCCAAGGAAGAUUUCAGACAAAAAUUUUCAAGCGAAGUGUGUUGCAAAAUUGGUAGAGUUUCUAUCAGAAAAAGGUUACCCACAGCAGUUGUCACCGGGAAUUCUCAAGGCCCCUCCUAGGAAAGAUUUCUUCCAGAUAUUUGAGUUCCUGUACAGCAUGUUGACACCCAGAUACAAGAUAGGAAAAAAGCCGGAAGAGGAAAUCCCCAAAAUCUUCAAGGAAUUGGGCUAUCCAUUCAUGAUUUCCAAAACAGCCAUGUAUGCGCUGGGUUCACCUCACACCUGGCCAACAAUUCUGUCAGCUCUUGUCUGGAUGGUGUACUUGAUUAAGUUUGGUAUGCGGGUCGGGAUGUCCAUAGACAGUUUCAUCUUUCCGCCGGAUGAAGACAAAUUUGAUUCCAUGUCAGAAGCACAGGUACUUCAUUUAUAG